CUGUCACAGAAGGUCUCUGAUUCCUCCUCUUCUUCUUCUUCUUCUUCUUCGCUAAUAUGUCACAUUAAUAUCAUUUUUUGCCUUCCUUUUGAACAUGUUGACGAGAGGACUGGUUCCGGCCAGUUUAUUACCUUCAUAGAACAGUGUCUGCAGAACCUCCACCCAGACUACACCCUGUCAGGAAUGCAGCAGAGCAACUAACGUCAGGCUUUUGGCACAUUUAACAGUCAGUCCUUUUCAUACAAGCUCGGUUGGUUACCUCUAAUGCUCUGGCUUUGCUCGUUUAGUUAACGUUACACUGUUAAGUUGUACAUGUACCUGAUGAAGUGUAAGUUUAAGUGUCAGUUGGCACAGACAGAUGUUGCGAAUUAUAAAAACAUCUGCCAAAAGAUCCAACUUUACUGACUCCCAAAUUCAACCUUUGGUGUGUGCACAUUACAGAUGCAGGAUGCGGUGUUGUCCCAGCUCAGCGCUUCACCUGCUGCGGUGUGUGCGGUUCCGGUCAUGUGCCAGGAGAGGAAGAAACAAACUGCCGUCAUGGAUUAAGGAAAUAUGGGCUUACAUUAAACUGCUGGUACAGUCAUUGUACUUUAACUCCCUCACAGACUCAGAUGUGGUUUUCGACUCAAUCUUUGAACCAGCGUUUUGGACUGUGGACUAUGUCACCCGCUGGUUUGGCAGGGUGUUUGUUUCUCUGGUCGUGGUACUGGUGAGCUCCGUCUUGGUGAUAGUGUAUGUGGUCCUACUGCCUUUUGUCCUUACCACAUACUCCCCUGUAUGGAUUGCUUGGCACCUUUGUUAUGGACAUUGGAACCUCGUCAUGAUUGUUUUCCAUUACUACAUGGCCACCAAGACUCCCCCUGGGUAUCCCCCUACAGAAAAAAAUGACAGUCCAUUUGUGGCAGUCUGCAAAAGAUGCGUCAUGCCCAAACCAGCAAGAACACACCACUGUGGUAUCUGUAACAGGUGCAUUCUGAAAAUGGACCAUCAUUGUCCCUGGCUGAAUAACUGCGUGGGCCAUUUAAACCACCGUUACUUCUUCUCCUUCUGCGUUGCCCUGGCCUUGGGCUGCAUCUACUGCAGCAUCAGUGGCAGAAACCUGUUCCUAGAUGCAUACCAUGCUAUUGAGCGCUUUAAGCAUUUGGAUGUGGAAAAGCCCGGGGUGCCGGUAACAGGGAUGGGACUUCUCAUAGGGCUUCUUCCGCCUGGCCAGACCACCUAUCAGACAGCUGCACCUCCGUACACCUUAAAGGAUAAGAUCGUUAAUAAGAGCAUCAUCUACAUGUGGGUGCUUACCAGCACUGUGGGAGUGGCCCUCGGAGCUCUGACCAUGUGGCAUGCAGUUCUCAUAUCCAGAGGAGAGACCAGCAUCGAAAGACACUUAAACAGCAAAGAAAGACAACGAAUGGAAAAACGUGGACGGGUUUACAAAAACCCUUACAACUAUGGCAAGCUGAAUAACUGGAAAAUCUUCCUUGGCGUUCAGAAGAGAAGUCACUGGUUGACGCGUGUUAUCAUCCCCUCUGGACACGCCCCGCUCAGUGAUGGUUUGAAAUGGGAUGUCUGCCCACUUAAAAAGGACUUAAUACCUGUAUGACAGACUCUACUCAGGCAUACCUGUAGCCUAAUUCAGCAGUCUUUGCUGUGUUCAACCUGCUCUGGUUGUUUGAUGGUCCUUGCAUGGUGGCUCCAUACAGCUGAAGAAAUGGGGUCAUUUCAACCUCCAAUACCUCAAAGACUUGCAGUGGCAUCGCUCACGAUGCUCAUGAUUUUUCACCAGUGAAAAGGCAAUGUGUCAUGGAAGGUCUCUCUCCACUAGGUUUUACUUACAGAUGGGUCUUACUUGACUCGGAGCAUUGUGAAAACCAGAGCAGCACCAUGAUAAUGUGUUAUUUAUCUGUAUUUUGUACCUGUUAAGUUAAUAAAUCUUUAUAAAUUGCUUUAUUUAAA